AUGCACCAGCCCACCCUCAAGCAUUUUAUUUUGAAGCAACAAGCCCUCGAUCUCUUCCGUUCCGCCAUCCGCGCCUCCCGAUCGAUUCCUGACGUCGUAGCCAGGGAAGAGACCAUCGUUUGGAUCCGUGCUGAAUUUGAACGGAAACGUCAUCUCCAAGACGUGGCGGCUAUUGAGGAUGCCCUUAAAGCAGGUCGCCGCGACAUGAAACACUACUUUCCUGCGUCUCGCUGA